GGCCAAUGGUUCAGGAGCUGUUGGUCCAGCUGCUUCACCGCACGUGGCGGUAGCUCUUGGUCUGUGGGCUUCUGAGCGGUUUGCGAGGCGGCGAUCCACAGAGAGGCCGUUGGAUUGGCCCUGGGUAACACCGUCUGUGUGCCGUUCCCGUCCCAGCGCAGAGCAGGCGGUGAGGGCUCGGCGCGCUGCGGUCAUGGACUACCGGCGGCUGCUGAUGAGCCGGGUGGUCCCCGGGCAGUUUGACGACGCAGAUUCCUCUGACAGUGAAAAUAUAGACUUGAAGACAAUCAAAGAGGAGGAUGACAUUGUAUUUGAAGGCCUUCAAGAUAAUGUGAAUGAGGAGGGUGAAGGUGAGGUAGAAGAUGAGGAGGAGGACUGUGAUGAUGAAGAUUGGGACUGGGAUGAUGGAGUUGGAAAACUCACCAAGGGUUCUGUCUGGAAUGGAGUAAGUAACCCACAGGCAAAUCGACAGACUUCCAACUGCAGUUCAGCCAAAAUGUCUACUCCAGCAGACAAGGUCUUACGGAAAUUUGAGAAUAAAAUUAAUCUAGAUAAGCUAAAUGUUACUGAUUCUGUCAUAAAUAAAGUCACCGAAAAGUCUAGACAAAAGGAAGCAGAUAUGUAUCGCAUCAAAGAUAAGGCAGACAGAGCAACUGUAGAACAGGUGUUGGAUCCCAGAACACGAAUGAUUUUAUUCAAGAUGUUGACUAGAGGAAUUAUUUCAGAGAUAAAUGGCUGCAUUAGCACAGGAAAAGAAGCUAAUGUAUACCAUGCUAGCACAGCAAAUGGAGAGAGCAGAGCAAUCAAAAUUUACAAAACUUCUAUUUUGGUGUUCAAAGAUCGGGAUAAGUAUGUAAGUGGGGAGUUCAGAUUUCGUCGUGGCUAUUGUAAAGGAAACCCUAGAAAAAUGGUGAGAACUUGGGCAGAAAAGGAAAUGAGGAACCUAAUCAGGCUAAACACAGCAGAGAUACCAUGCCCAGAACCAAUAAUGCUGAGAAGUCAUGUUCUUGUCAUGGGUUUCAUUGGUAAAGAUGACAUGCCUGCACCACUCUUGAAAAACAUCCAGUUAUCAGAAUCCAAGGCUCGGGAGCUGUACCUGCAGGUCAUUCAGUACAUGAGAAGAAUGUAUCAGGAUGCCAGACUUGUCCAUGCAGAUCUCAGCGAAUUUAACAUGCUGUAUCAUGGUGGGGAUGUAUACAUCAUCGAUGUUUCUCAGUCUGUGGAGCAUGACCACCCACAUGCCUUGGAGUUUUUGAGAAAAGAUUGUGCCAAUGUCAAUGAUUUCUUUUUGAAGCACAGUGUUGCUGUCAUGACUGUGCGGGAGCUCUUUGAGUUUGUCACAGAUCCAUCCAUUACACAUGAGAACGUGGAUGCUUAUCUUUCAAAGGCCAUGGAAAUAGCAUCUCAAAGGACACAGAAAGAAAAGUCUAGCCAAGAUCAUGUGGAUGAAGAGGUGUUUAAGCAAGCAUAUAUUCCUAGAACCUUGAAUGAAGUAAAAAAUUAUGAGAGGGACAUGGAUAUAAUCAUGAAACUGAAGGAAGAGGACAUGGCCAUGAAUGCCCAACAAGACAAUAUUCUAUACCAAACUGUUACAGGAUUGAGGAAAGAUUUGUCAGGAGUUCAGAAGGUCCCUGCACUCCUAGAAAAUCAAGUUAAGGAAAAGACUUGUUCUGAUUCUGAAGAUGCUGGAAGCUCUGAGUGCUCUGACACAGACUCUGAAGAGCGGGGAGACCAUUCCCGCUCCAAGAAACACACUGCUGACCCUGACAUUGAUAAAAAGGAAAGAAAAAAGAUGGUCAAGGAAGCCCAGAGAGAGAAAAGAAAAAACAAAAUUCCUAAACAUGUGAAAAAAAGAAAGGAAAAGACAGCCAAGACGAAAAAAGGCAGAUAGAAUGAGUACUAUAUUAUGUACAGUUAUUUUCCAUCAAUUGCUUUUUUACCUGAACUCUAAGCUGCAUCUGGAAGAUGGCUUAUGAAUUUAAUUGAAUUGUUACUGUGGCACUGUCUAUGAAGACUGAUUCAAGUGUUUUCAUGUAAUUGUGUAAAAAGCUCUAAGCUCUAGUAUCUAGAUCAAGUCGCUGAUUCUGUCUGGUGUUGACAGAGGAUUUAUUUAAGCUACUGUUUUAAUGAAGAACUUCGUACAAAUAUUUUUAUAUUUUUUCUCCUGCAGAUAUCUUCUUGGAAGCAUAAAUGUUUAAAUGUAAUGAACAUCCAUAACCUUUAUGUGAGUGUGCUUGGGAAAAUUGUUUUUGCUUUUUUGUCCAUGCAAAAAACCCAUCUGAAAUCACUUAAUGAUAAGGCCAUGGUUUAUAUAAAAGGGAGUUUCACUUACAAGAGAUUUUGGUUGGCUGUUGAUAUAAUCAUUCACUGCAACCCUCCUCUCAAGUGUAUCACUGAACAUUUGUAAAGCACUUACACACUUCAUCUUCAAUGUUCUUUUUUGAGCUAGGACCCUUAGUUCAUAAGCUAUUUCACAUUCACCUGUUUGGCAUGUUCAUUCAUUCAUCAAAUAUUUGAGUAUUUAAGUGCUGUGGAUACAGCAUUAAACAAAACAGACAAAAAUUAUUGCCUUUGGAUAGUUUACAUUUUUUUAUUUGUUUGUUUGUUUGUUCUUAAAAGAUGACCGGUAAGGGGAUAUUAACCCUUGACUUGGUGUUAUCAGCACCACACUCUCCCAAGUGAGCCAUGGGCUGGCCGCUGGAUAGUUUACGUUUUAAUAAGAUAAGACAUUAAACAAAAUAAGUAAAAAACAUUGUAUCAGCAGGUGAUAAAUUCUAUGGAGAGAAAUAAUACAGAGAAGAGAGAAUGCCUGGUGAGAUGAGGUUUUCAGUUUAAAAUAGGGUUCUUAGAAAGGUUGCACUGAGAGGCAGUAUCUGAGCAAAUACUUGAAGAAGGCGAGUCAUGUGCAUGUCAGGAGGGAAGAGCACUGCAAGCAAAGCAAGCAUCAAGGACAAAGUCGCAGAAUCAGAAGUGUCCUGAUGUCUUCCACAGAGUUGUCAAUGAGGUCAGAUAGUAUAAGGCUGUUGGAGAGUUUUGAGCAGAGGAAUUAUAUGAUUGGACUUCUGUUUUAAAAGGGAACACUCUGGCCUCUGUGGAGAAUUGACCAGGAAACAAGGGUGGGUAUGUUUAUUGUAAUAACCCAAAUGAGAGCUGCUGAUGAUUAGGUCUAGGAUAGUAGCAGCAGAUGUGGAAAGAAGUGAUUGGAUGUGCUAAGGGGGUAGAUGAGAAGUAUGAGAGAAGCAGUGAAGGGUGACUUCAGGGAUUAUAACCUAACACACAACCAAGACCAUUGGAGUUGCCACUUACUGUAAUGGGAAGGAAUGUGGGCGGAGCAGGUUUGGGGGUAGGAGGGUGAGGUAAAAUAAAAGCUUGUAUUGCAACAAAGCACAAAUAUUGAAAUAAAUUGUGGUUGGUUUUUAAUUUUAUUUUUUAUCAUAUACUUUAUGUUAGAAAUGGCCAUUUUAGCCGUUCAGAAACAAUUUUUUAAAU